GGGGAUGGGCAAGUUCUGGCGGGUCUGCGCGUUCUUUGAUCAGACGUGCCUGGUCUUUCAGAGCAGGGCGAUUGGGGCUGCGGCCCCGGGCCUUGAGGCGCGAGUUCUGACUGGGGACCACGCAAGGAAGGCCGAUUCUGUUGCUGCGCGCUACGCGAGUGCACUGUGUCCGGGGAUUGCCACCCAUCGGCGGCUGAACGGGGGCGGAGAGGAAGAGCGGUGGAAGGUGACCACGAUCUUCGCGGAAGCCGUCUGGGAGAAGAUCGAGGCGGUGCCCCCCAGCGUGGAGAUCGGCGUGCGUAGCCCCUGGGCCCUGCAGUUCAAGGACGAUCUGUUCUAUCUGGGGCGGCUCGACGACGGGCCCGAGUUUCUAGACGACGCAGGUUGCGACGUCCCGAGGGUCUUCCAGGUUCCCGAGCUGAGCGCCAAGUUUCUGAAGUUCAGCAUGAAACGUCUGCGGGAGCUCUGGUUAGAGGCCCCGACGGUGACAUCCAUCAGGCAAUGCGAGGGCAAGGAGUGCUUCGAGGGCUCUUCGGCACUGGGGGCGAACGGCAGCGGCGGCCGCCAGGAGAAGGGCAGGGGGGCGGACUCGAGCAUAGUGGACCUCAGCGAGCUCGACGGCGAGACGUCCGAUGCCAAGCAGAUGCAGCGGUCAUUCCCAGUCAUGGCGCGACUCAUUCUCAACCUAGCAAUGAGACGGAGGCAGAUCGAGUCCAUCGAGCUGAAGACGCUCCGGAUGUCCUCGGGGAUGCAGGCGGCGGUGAAGGCGAUGGCUCGCGUCAGAGCGUGGGUCAGGGCAGCGGAGGAAGCGAGGGCGUCCUCGUCCAAGGCCGACGCCGAGAAGAGUUCAAG